AUGUUCAUUAAAGCGGUGGUUCAUCUAGUAUUUUCAAGUAAACCUUUGUUGGAUAAUUCUUUGUGUUGUCAAACGAAUUAUCAUCCGAUUUGGUUAGAAAUUCUUUAUGAUCGUUUUGGAGGUCUUAGCCCGCAGCUCCAAUUCGUGAUUAUUGAGUUUAAACGGAAUAGUCCCCGCCACUUGGGACGAUACGAGAGUGAUGUGGCCGCUCGUGGGGCAGAUCCGAGU